CACAAACCCUUUCCCUCCCCCCCCUAUCGAAUUACACACGCAAACCCUCACCCCCAAUCAAACACACACCAUUUUACACAAAACAAUCGAUCCCCGUUUCGAAAAUCCGGCGACCACUCACCCUCCUUCCCUCUACUAUAUCCGGCGAAUCCCACCACCAAUCGAUUCCAGGCCCGCCGCCGCCAUCAAUCACCGACAUUACCACCACCAGCUAUUACCACCCCCCCUUCCAUCACCAACACCACCGGCAUCGGAAAAGCCACCGCAGCAUGAAUCAUAAUCUCAACAAGAGGUGCAGGUGAAUUUGAGUGCAUUUGCAUAUUUGUUUUUCGUCAAGACAAUUAAACCCAAUUUGAUAACAUUUGGUGUGCUUGAAAGAAGGUUUUUUUUAUUUGUCUGAAAUUUUGUCACGCCAGCAAACUCAACACAUACAUUACACAACGUGUAGAAGAAUAAAUUGGAGCAUUCUUAUUAGGAAAGAUGAGGUUUGUCAAGAUCUCUAAAGCAAACCUUCAAUGGCGGCUAAUUCGACAUCAUUGGGUUUUAGAGAGUCGUUUAUAGACAUGUUUUCAAGUUUCAGAAACUCCAGGAAAUUGCUGAAAACCCGUUCAAAAGCUUUAGAAGGUGGUGGGAUAAAUAUAAUAUUUUUCAGAAAGAAUAUAUUGUUAUCCCAAUUCACAGAGAUUUCCAUUGGAGUGUAGUCAUUGUUUGUAUGCGUAACAAAAUCGACAAAUUAGAACCAAUUCUCCUUCAUCUGGAUUCAUACAGUACCCAUGAUACAGCUCAAAUUUUUGAAAAUAUUAAAAGGUUCAUGGAGGAAGAACUGAAUCAUGGUAGCAUAAAGGGAAUUGUUCAUAGAAUCGAUGACACUGUUAGAUGCGAGGUUCCUCAUCAACAAAAUGCUUAUGAUUGUGGUCUCUAUGCUCUUCUGUUUAUUGAGAACUUCAUUAAACAGGCCCCAAACAGAAUGGAAACAGAAUAUACAACAAUGUUUGGGAAGAAGUGGUUUCAAGAAAAAGAAGUCGGCGACUUGAGAAGCAGGAUGAAAAACAUACUUACAGAGUUCCUCAGAAAUCAGAAUUUGAAAACGUAUCACAGACAAGGCAAGAAACCUGCUGUAAAGUCAGAUGAUGCUCCAUCAAAUACCUUGGAAAAUGCUGGCAAAGAGUCAGGUGAUGAUGCUCCAAUUAUGACACCACAACCGGAGGUAAAGGCUGCCAAGCGGAGGUUAAAUCGGGAUCGAGAAUUACUCCGCCUUGGUAAGGAUCCUCAAGAACCAAUUCCUGAUCUUAGCCAGAGAAAACUAAGGGAAAGACCGAAAAAAACCAAAAUGUGAGGAGUCCCCAAGGAAAAGACACAAAAAAAACCAAAGGUGAUCCACCCUAAUGGUUCAAGACAAUUUGUAAUGGUUUUAGCUGUAUGUUAAGCUGUGGUUUUAUGUUUUAAGACAAUUUCUAAUGGUUUUAUGUUUUAAGACAAUUUCUAUUAUUUCUAAUGGUUUCAUAUGAAGUUUGAAGUCUGUUUUUGGCA